CUCGCUCACCAUAAGCGUACAUUCUCGCAGUCCUCAGUGGUCGUCAAUUUUGCUUGGUAUCCUGGGGCAUCAUCCAGCAAUGCUCCAGCUUACUGUUUCGUCGCUUCUGUGCGUGACUGUCCAGUGAAGCUUCUGGAUGCUUCGGAUGGAAGGCUGAGGGCCUCGUACCAGAUUAUCGAUCAUCGUGAAAGGUUCAUCGCUCCUCAUAGUCUCGCGCUAUACUGCGAUAUUCGACAUACACAACCUGGGGAGGGCGAUCGGCUCCCGACCACGCCUUCCGAGAAGAGCAAGGAUGGCCUAACACCUUCCUCACAAGCAAUGGACAAUAUUGUGCUGUAUUCGGAGUCAAAUCAAGCAGCCAUCAUGCCUAUAGGAGGCGCAUAUUCUCAUUCUGGAGUCACGCAGGCAUGUCGCCUGGAGAAUUAGCAGUAAAGCUUAUCUCAUUCCUUACAGCUGAAGUUUUCACCCGACAAAACCGCAUAUUUUGUAUGCUGCAUUUCGUCGACACGAUGCUAUAUAUGCAUGGGACCUUCGCAGUGAUACAUCUGUACCCGUGAAGGUUUCCAGGAUGUCCCCUGAUUCUCGCAAAACAUUAACCAAUCAAAAAAUCGAAUUCGACAUAGAUUGUGCUGGGAGAUUGUUGAGCGUCGGUGAUCAGGUACUCGACUUUCACAGAUAUCCACCAUUCAGGCUUCCUUGCUAACAAUCUGAUUAUAGAAUGGAUGCGUUUCGAUGUUUGACCUCGGAGAUUCGGACGAAUUGGAUUCUGAACAGUCAUCUCUGAUUUCGCUGCAAAAUAUCG